AUGGCGGACUAUGAAGACGAAAUCGACCACCAUAACCAACCUUUCAUCCCUAAAGAAACGGCGCUGCAAGCCCUGAACACCAUAAUCCAGCUCCACUUCGAGAAAACCCUCGAGAAAAAGCGAGCCAUUGACAACCAGAAGAAGAAGCUUCACAAGAUUUUCCAGCUCUUCUUCAUCUUUCUCGCCGUCGUCUUCUUCUCUCUCUCCCAGCCCUCAGGGCGUCUCCACUGCCGCCAUUGCUGGGCUCCAAUCUGCCUCCUCUCCUUCUCCCAUCUCUUCUUCUACGUCUCCGUGGCGCAAACUCUCCGCUGCAUCAACGGCUUCAAGUACCAGCGUCGCUGCCACAAGCUCACCCUCGGCCUCGCCACUCACAAGCUCCGUUUCAUCAAGUCCCGCAUCGCCGCCGGCGAUUUCCUCGGUGGUGGUGGUGCUGAAGAUGAGGUCUCCGCCUCGGCUGCUGCUUGGGAUCUGGAAGUUCCGUACCAGGAGCCGCCGGAUAGCUACUUCGGCAAGUUUAAGAGGAAUUGGGCUCUCUAUUUCGGGUUCUUGAUCCUUCUUUACACAUUCAUGAUCUCCUUCUCCGUCGUUAUCCUCUGUUUCUGA